AAACAUAUCCCCAAACGAAUCACCAACACGCCACACGCGUCGUCUCAACCAGUGUCCAUUGCAGACAAAUUUAAAAAUCGCGCACACCGACGAUACCGCGUGAGACUAUCGGAUUACCGACCAAUCGAACAAUUGAACAAUCGAAUGCGCGCCAACGAUCUAAAGACGUUGUGCAACACCGGCGCGCGCUUAACGGAAGAGAACAGCUGACUGCUGAUACGUGCGUGGUUCGCGGCAGGAAUUACAUAAAGUUUUGAGCUUCUGACGCGAUACUCGCGAACAUUCGCCACCGGUCGAAACCCCAGCAAAAGGUCACCAGUCACCGCCACCAUGUACAGAGUUGUUGCUAUUGCGCGGGAGCGCGCUGGCCUCUUCACGUGCCAGCAGUUUACGCAAACCCCGCAGCAGCAGCAGCACCAGCAGGUGAGCCUCCGGCUGGUUAAUCUCCACGGGGCGCUCGGGUUAAGUCAGCCUUUCACCCCGCAGCCACGAUUUUACAGCCAGCAGGCAGGGCGCAGGCCCGGCUUCUUCUCGCAGUUCAUCGACAACAUGCGCUCGGAGAUGGAUAAGAGCAAGGAGAUCAAGGACAACAUUCGCAAAUUCCGGGAGGAGGCCCAGAAGCUUGAGGAGUCCGACGCCUUGAAGUCGGCGCGACAAAAGUUCAACAUUGUCGAGUCGGAGGCGCAGAAGUCGUCGAGCAAGCUGAAGGAGCAGCUGGACGCCAUCAAGGAUAAGGUGGGCGACGUUCUCGAUGAUGCCAGCAAGUCGGAUCUGGCCAAGAAGGUUACCGAGGAGUUGUCGAAGAAGGCCAAGGGCGUUAGCGACACGAUAUCGGACACUAGCGGCAAGCUGGGCCAGUCCGGUGCCUUCCAGGCCAUCUCUAACACGACGACGAUCAUCAAGAAGGAGAUGGACAUGACGAGCAUAGAGAAUCGCGUCUAUCGGCCACCUGCCCAGCUGCGUAAGCGCGUCCAGCUGGACAUGAGCGACAGCGAUCGCGUUGUAGAACCCAACACGGAAGCAACUGGUAUGGAGCUGCACAAGGACUCCAAGUUCUACGAGUCAUGGGAGAACUUCAAGAACAACAACACGUACGUGAACAAGGUGCUCGACUGGAAGGUGAAAUACGACGAGUCGGAUAACCCCAUGAUCCGUGCCUCCCGCCUGCUAACCGACAAAGUUUCCGACGUGAUGGGCGGCCUAUUCUCAAAGACGGAGCUCUCCGAGACGAUGACAGAGCUCGUCAAAAUCGAUCCGAGCUUUGAUCAGAAGGAGUUCCUUCGAGACUGCGAAACGGACUUCAUUCCCAACAUACUGGAGGCAAUUGUUCGGGGCGAUUUGGAGAUAUUGAAGGACUGGUGCUUCGAGAGCACAUACAACAUUAUCGCCACGCCCAUUACGACGGCAAAGAAGGCCGGCCUGUAUCUGGACUCGAAGAUCCUUGACAUCGAGAACAUCGAGCUGGCCAUGGGCAAGGUGAUGGAGCAGGGCCCUGUACUGAUUAUUACGUUCCAGGCGCAGCAAAUCAUGUGCGUCCGGGACCAAAAGGCCCAGGUGGUCGAGGGCGAUCCGGAGAAGGUGAUGCGGGUGCACUACGUCUGGGUGCUGUGUCGCGAUCGCAACGAACUCAACCCGAAGGCGGCAUGGCGGUUGUUGGAGCUGGCCGCCAACAGUCAGGAGCAAUUUGUUUAGCGCGCGCGCUAUUGCCAAGCCCAUAUGUUUUUUUUAACGAGCAGUUUAAGUUUCCCGCAUUCACCACUACAAAAACGAACGAAAAAGAUCACUGGACACUGAGCUUUGACGAUGAAAUGA